AGGGGUUGCUGCCAGCAGUAGUUUGGACUGGUACCAAUGGCUGUGAGCUCUGUUCUUUACUUCCUGGCACCAGGAGGCAAAAACGUAUCAUUGUUCUAGAACAUGUCUUCAGCAACAAAAAUAGGUGAUUCUUUUCUUAUGCAAAAGCAAUGUAUAGCAAAUUUCUUGUGUACGGACACCCAAAGCAGAAACAGCUUCUCCUGCAUUGUUUGUUGGCCCUGUAACUUCAUAGAAUCAUACAAUGGUUUGGGUUGGAAGGGACCUUUUAAGGUCAUCUAUUUCCAACCCCCAUGCUGUAGGCAGGGACGCCUCCCUCUACACCAGGAUGCUCAAAGUCCCAUCCAGCCUGCCCUUGAUCUCCUCUGGGGAGGGGGCAUCCACAGCCUCACUGGGCAACUUCUUCCAGUGUCUUACCACCCUCACAACAAAGAAUUUCUUCCUAAUACCUUGUCUAAAUCUACCCUCUUCCAGUUUAAAGCCAUUUUCCCUCAUCUUGUCACUACAUACCCUUACAAAUAGUCCCUCCCCAGUUUUCCUGUAGGCCCCUGUGAGGUACUGGAAGGCCACUAUAAGGUUCCUCUGGAGCCUUGUCUUCUCCAGGCUGAAGAGAACUUGUCCUGUGUAGUGUUUCUGAGACAUAGCUGGAAACCUACCUCAACUAUACUCAGAGUUUGAAGGCACUGCUUAAAGUGGUGUUUUUUUUUCCAGUUUCUCUUCAUUGUAGCUGUUACUCAAGAUCUGCAGUAUAUCACAACAAAAGUACUCUAGAACAACUUCUUUGUAACUUGAAGCUCCUUGUUCAACACAGUUCUGGAUUUCUCUCACUUGCAGAAGUUGUUUUAGGAAAGCUACAUGCUUUUCCUUUCUUAGAGGCUUUUUUCCCCACUUCUUCUAGUUUCUGCUAUUUUCUUUCUCAUUCAACUGCUGACAGAAAAUAAUGCUGCAUACCUUUUGUCAUACACAUAUUUACUUGAAGGGGCAGAAGGCCUCCUCAAUAUGCCAAACCUUGAAGUACAUGUGUGUCUGGAUUUUGGUUUACUCUCUGUGUUUUAUAAUGUAGGCUAUGUAUUUUGUUAUACUUUACACACAGAACCAGAAUUUCCAGAUAUGCCUUGAUGACCUAGAUCAUGUUGUCUGAACACUGUAUUCAAAUUUAUUUGUACUGUUUGUCUAUGAGAUUACCUACUUCCCUUUCGUUGGCAGGCACUUUCUAUGUCUGUGUAAAAUCACAAAGUAGAGUGGCAAAAAAAGGAGGGAGGGGUAUCACAUGAAGAGUCAUUGCCAGGUUUGAAGACAGCUCCUGCUUUCUCUGAAGUAUUUUGGUUUUGCUAAUUGUCUGUGAUCUGCUGGUUUCCUGUGGCUGGUCUCAUGCCUUUUAAUGAAAAGAUUUCAGUGGAGAUUCUUCCUUGAUGCUGAAUGGAAAAACGGAAAAACAGGAAUGUCUAGUUUGCUCAUGAUCAGCAUUCUGGGUAGUUACUUCUUUCGGAAACCUAAAAUUGUGUUCCUCAUUUGGCAUUUCCUGGAAGUAAAGGAUUUUUGUCUGUAAGUAUAAUUUCUCAUUUCAGGUAUUUGCUUGCUUGAAUUGAUCAUGGCACGUUUAUUUUGAUAAGUGGACACCUAACAUCUCUUUUUAAAAAAGAGUAAGACGUUAAAAAACAGAAGUCCUCAUACUGAACCCAAAGGAUGUUUUUGAUAUCACGAUAUUCCCCUACAAGUAGUUGUCCACUGGAUGGUAUACCAACCAAAACAGGAGAUCUUUCAUUUAGAAAGACAAGGAGUGAUGAAACAAAGAUAUGACUAACAUUCUUGUGUUAGAAAGCUUGUGAUCACAUUAGAAUUGUGCAGAAGAAAAUGCUCUCAUGUACCAUACAAGUGAAGAUAUGAUAAUCUUGCUAUAAUUUGAUGUAGCAGCACUGUAAAUACAUCUGCAAUGUGACUUAAAGCAUCAUAAAUGAAAAUGGGCUAAUAAUGAAAGCUGUACUGUUUCCUUCUCUGUGAAGUACUUCUCCUGUCUUGAGUGCAUGAACUCAGGUUUGGUGACAUUCUCACUGACAAGUGGUGGAAUCCCACUUAACCCAGACAGAGCAAAGUGGGUCCAGUGACGGUACUGUUUUCAGCCUGGAGUCAAGGCUGUGCUGAGGCCAAGGUAGGAAAUCAAGUUUGGGUCAGGAUCAGGUCCCCUAGUAGUGGGUCAUCUGGUUGGGCCACUUCCUCUGCUGUGAUGGGAGCUCUGAGCAGAUGCAGGUAUUUGAUAUUAAAUUAAGGUAAGAGUGAAAAGUAGUAUGUAUUUGUGUUUUUACCAGGAGGCUACCAUUCAUAUUUAAACAACUAAGUGACAUGGACAGAGAUUGUAACUGAACAAGACACACAGUAUUCUGUUCAGUCUGGAAGCCUGCAAGCAUGGAAACCUUCAAAAUUAUAUAAUUAUGGAAACAGUUGCUUUGGUUGGAUUAGAUAUCUGUGUGGGAACUGUUAGGUCAUGGCCUGAACCAGUGAUUGAGCACCGGGUGAAGGGGUGUAGCCAGCUGUGGGAGUAUAGGUAGAAGCAAUUCGCCUGUGUGGCUGGAAGGGGUGGAGCCUGGCUUCCUAACCUCUUUUAAGGGCUGGCAGCUACAAAAGAGGCAUGUCUACUUGGAGAUCCUCUCCUUUGGAGUAUUUGGUGAGCCCUGAUCCUUGGAAAGGGUUAAGCAAUUCUUUAUUUAUUUACCAGCUUGUGACGUUUACCAUUCUUAGGUAAUUUAAGACUGGUUUAAAGCAGCUAUAUCUGCUAUUGCCUUUCUGUAUGUUAUCCAAACAAUGGUUAACCUCCAGCUGUUGCUCCUCAAAGUCUUCCACGCUUCUGUCAUGACUACCCUUCUUGUAUAGAUGUCUGAGAUUCUCUAAGACAUCUAAAAAUGGCAUUAGAUGCCUGAGUUGCUCCCACUGAGGUCAAAGGAUUAGUUUAGUCACUGCAGCUAAGUAUACAUUAGAGCUUAACUUCACAACAGAGCUAGUUCCAGUGAUAAUUUGGAUGCAGCAGUUAAUCUGACUCACAUGAGCACAAAUUAAUCUUCUGUCUGGUUUGGCAGGAAGGAUGAGCUGAAGGUCUGAUGCUGAAGCACCAGAGAAUUGAUGACUGCUGCCUUGUAGUACAGCAGAACUUAUCUGUACAGCUUUCACCUUGCUGCUGCUGUCAAAGAGAAAGAAACUUGCAUGAAGGAAAGGAAAACUUAAUUACUUUUGAAGGAUCAGAACCCUAAUGCUUGAAGUAUUGUAUGCCUAUAUGCCGAACUUUGUUUUAUUUCUUCUUAGAUAAUUAGAAAAUGUACCCAAUUAAUUUGUAUCUGUUUAAAAUAGUAAAGGACAUAAACUACAGAUACUUUUCUGAUUUGCUUAUCUGAUGUCCCUUCAUAUUUUCAGAACCUACAAGUUCCUUCAAGUCUUGCAUAACUUAACACUGGAAAUAAAGUUCAAGGUGCCCUUUAAAUGUCCUCCAUAGUAGGUAGUUUUUGAGAGUGCACUUCCUCAGUGCUGUUAGUGCACCAUAAAUCAGAACUGCUGUGUUUUGUUUGAUAAUCAGUAGUGGUUAUAGCUGCAUUUUUGCCAAAUUUUCAGAGUUUGAAAGUAUUACAUUUGUAUUAGUUUUGCACUCUUUAGAGUGACUUCAGCAUUACAGAGAGGAACAUACUGUACCUUUCAUAGCUAAGGAAGGAGUGAGUUUUUAGAAUAGCUAAGAGACAUGAUGCUUGUAUUGGACUUACAUGGGAAGGUUUUAGGAUCAGGAAAGCUGUAGGGAUGACCUCUGUGAGCAGAGCUAGGCACUGCCCCAUGUCAGAUCAGAGCCAACUCCAUCAGGGACCCGCCACCACCAGAGCUGAGCGGUAAGUCAUGCUGGGUGUGCUCUGGGAGUGCGUGGUUAAGAAAGGGGAAAACUGCUGGGAGGGAGAGGUGGGGAAAUGGGAGAGAAGUAGCCCUGCUGCCGCCACGGUCAGCGCAGGAAGUGCUCCAGGUGUGGAGCAGCAAUGCUGUAGCCCAGGCAAGGCCCAUGGAGGAGCAGACCAUUCCCCUGCAGUGCAUGGGCACCAAGAGGGUCAGAUCAACCUGUGUAGGCUCGGAGGAGCAUGUGCUGCAACAGUGAAUGUGGCCUGGAGGAGGCACAGCCCAUGGAGAGUACUCACAGAAGCAGCUCUGGACCAGUAAUGUAUGUAUGUAUAGUAUUAUAUAUAUGGCUCUGGGCAGCCUGGUCUGGUGGUUGGUGAUCCGGCACAUAGCAGGGGGGUUGAAACUUGAUGAUUGUUAUGGUCCUUUUAAAUCCAGGCCAUUCUAUGAUUCUAUGAUGUUUAGAAAAGGCAGAUAUGUAGUGGGUAUAGUUAAUAAUCUGUGAUUACCAGUUGAGAAUUUGUAUUGGAAUAAGUCAAUCCUUUUCAUGCAUUAAAACACAGACUGCAGGGUAAUCUGGGGGCACAGUCAUGAGAGAAAAGACCUAAUGGAGAUUGAAAGUUCGUAUUGAAUUACACCCAUUGCAAUUGAUCAGUAGUAAAUUUAGUCUAAAAUAGGGAAGGGUUCUAAUUUUUUGGACUGAAAUGCUGAAGCUUUCAGUGGGAGUGUCAGGUCUAUGAAAUCCUAGUUGGCUACGGUUAAUUCUGUAAGACUUACUGAUCUUAUCUCAUGAUUUCCCCAGAGCGGAUUCACCGAUCUGGAUUCAGCUUCUAGUCUGUACAGGGUUAGGUCUUUUGAAGGUAUAUCUUUGCUGAGCAUGUUAAGUAGUUAGAAGGAUAACACUGGGGCUGAAUCUCUUUUGCUCUCUUGGAACCUCCUUCCAAGCACAAAGGCAAAAGGGAAAAUGCAUAGCUGGGGGAAAGUAAUUAUGGGUGAAUCCUGAAAAAGUUACCUCAGUAAAAGGUGGAUGGUGUCAGUGACUAUUAAAGCAGGGAGGAUGAAGUAAUUUCUGAGGAUCUUGGAGCAAAGGACAAAAACUAUAUGGUGGUACAAGAAAGGUGAAGCCUUAUUAUAUCAAUCCUAUCAUCUUUUAGAAGUUUUUGUGAUGAGAACUGUUUUCUCUGUGUGGAUUGAAUCCACUUUUGUCUUGAACAGAUCAUCCUUUUCCCUUGAACCUAAGUGUUGUAGUAAGCGUCUUGCGGGGGCACAGGAUGUACGGGACAGGCUUCUCCCUAAGCAUAGAGAGACAGUACUAUCGUGCUGACCUUGAUGCAGAGAAAACAGGAGAAGAAGAAGAAUGAGAAAAGAAUGUGGAGACGGCCAAAUAGGGCACGGUGUUGUCUGGUAUGAACCAAUCAGAGUGGGACAUGACAGCACAGUUUUGUAGGUAAAAAUGUAACAUAAGCUGUGUUUUAGUAGUGAAUAGAGGCCAUUUUACCGCUCAUCAUAUUGGCAUCACCUCGGUAUAUGGCCAAGCCGCAGGCUCCCCUAAGCAACGAACAUCACGGUUGCCUGCGAAAGGCAACACCUAAGCAAAAAAUGAAAAUCUCUAGAAUUGCAUAUAGCCCCUUAUUAUUCCUUAGUUGUACUCAAGUAGCUAUGUUACUCAAUUGUUUUCUUCCCUGACUUUGUUAACGGAAAUGAAUUAAUCCUCUUUAAAAGCCCACUUCUGCUUUCUUAGUCUAUUGCUUUAUCCUUGGUUUCUUUUUCUUCCAAAGGUUAACCAGGUGUACUUCUGUCAGUUUACUCAGAUAUCUUUUUGAUGUUGUCCUACAAAUCCUGUGUAUAUUGAGAAAAUAAAAAAACACUGUCACUUCAAGUGCAGCAUUCUAGUGUUACCUGUUCUCCCAAGCAACACAGUUAGUAUAUUCUUUUGAUGUGCAGUGCUCCUGGUAAUGCGACCCAAGUCAUGAAAGAAAUUUAGUUGUCUUAUUUACGUCCACUUGUCAACUAGUGUUAAAGAUUUACCUUCCUACCCUGUUUUAGAACUAGUUAUCUUUUCCAAAUAAAAGUAUUUUAUGCACUUACGCCUGUUACAGGUUUUUGUAGUUCUCUACAUAAGUGACACAAUUUGAAAUUACUGUUUUGAGUUGCUGAUGCAUUCUGAAACCUUUAUAAUCCCAAUCCAAAUCAGUGUUUAGAAUCUGUUUUUUUGCUCUGUUUCUUGACCUCUGCAAUGAGAUGUUGUUUUUACUUCCUUGCCAGUCCUUGGAAUCAAAGCACACUGAACUAAAUUAAUCGUGACAUCUGGAGUGCUUAACAUCACUGUCACUUAUGUAGUUCCAUUAAGGGGGGAAAAAAGGACUACAGAAAUAUACCUUCUCAAAUGUAUUGUUAGCUUCUGUUUUAUUUUUCAAACAAUUUGAAGUACACAUUACAGGAUGGAGAAUUCCUAGUUCUCUACUCAGCUGGCCGCUGUUUUUAAAAGAAACAGAAGUCUCAAAUAGCAAAAUAAAUCUAGCUUGUAACGUUUUUCAGAAAAUUUUCACGUUGUGCAUUGUCUGAGCAGCUUACUCAUGGUGAAACAAUGCUGGAGCCAUUCCCAGUGAACAGUAACACAGAGAAUCAUUACAUCUAAUAUCUAGUUUGAGUCUUUAAUUUGUUAAUCUGUGGUGUGCUAUCAGGACAUCUUAAUCAUGGCGGAACAAUGCUGGAGCCAUUCCCAGUGAAUAGUAAUACAAAGAAUCACUACAUCCAGCAUCUAGUUUGAGUCUUUUAAUUUGUUCGUCUGUGAUGUAUUAAUGAAAAUUGUAGCAGAUGACUAGUUUUUGUCUCCUAGACAACGGAGGUCUCUAUUCUCUUUAAUUUGAUGUAAAAACUUGUAUCAAAUGGAUUGUUCUCCAUUUCAGCCAUGUACUCUCUUAGGGAGCACGGGGGUGGCUCAAUCUACCUUCCUUCUCUUGUUUUCUCCUUAAUUUGUAAAUAGGUGGUUUUGUAUACCCUUCUUUAAUAAGCCCUUUGUGCUAACUGUAUAUGCGAGUGUAAUUUGCUGAGCUAGCACAGGAGUCAUUUUUAACAAUUCUGUAGAUACUCUUGCAGAUGUGAACUGAAGAUGUAUUGUAGUUUUUUCCAAUUUCCCAUUCUUAAUGUAAAUAUUGGGGUGCUUCUUACACCUGACUCCGAGUGACACAAAUAAAGUAAUUCUAAUCUUGGCUUUUCCGGUUGUUAUCGAGGGAUUGAGACUACAAGAAAUAAGUGAAAGUUAAGAUGGAAAAGGUUAAUUAGGUUGUGCUGAUUUCUUAAAACUCCACUAUUCCAAGCUAAUUCAAAUCUUGAAAAUACCACUUGAAGUGUUUGUAUGUGACCAGUGCACAUCUUAGAGUAUCUGGGUGUGAAAAAUAGUCAGUUCUUAAAUUGUGUUUCUCAGUUGAUGUGGCUAAUAGUUAAAGAGAAAAAUCAGAAAAUCGAGGUGCUGAACUUAGGAGCUUGGAUGAGAUAAGACUUGUGAAAGAAGUGUUGAGUGGAAAGAGGGAACAAUAAGCUGGGUAAGCAAGAAGGAAGUUGUUGGCAUCUGUUCUGUAAGAAGGAAGGGCUGGGACUGGCUGGGUGUCUGUGGAAAACUGGGUUGUGGCCUAGAGUCAGUGCAAGGGCAGGACUAUGUUGGGGAGGAGUCCUCCAGGAUAUAUCCUUCUCAGUCUAAGCAAUAUGUAGUUGACCUGUUCAGGGGCUGACAUCUGAUAUUUAAAGAGCGUCCCAGAAAUUCUGAAUCUUCUAGGGGUUACCUAGUUUUCAUCACUUAAAUCGUGCAGUGUGUGUUCGAGGUCUCUGGAUGCUUGGUGGUUCCAGUCACGCUGUUGCUUUUUGUCAGUGCCUUCAUAUUAUCACUUAGUGUAGCUUAUCUUUGGGGCUUUUUUCCAUUCCUCCAUAUUAGCAAACUAGAAUAGCUCAAAUAAUGUAUUUAACUUAAUUGUUCAGGUAGAAUACUAAAAUGUGGAAAACAAGUUAUGUCAGCCUAGGUUUGCUUGUUUGUUUAGGGUAUUAUGGUUCUAACCUUUUUAACCAGGAGGAUACAUGUGUUUUGUACAGGUUUGUUAGCUUUCAUUUAAAUGUCACUUUAUUCCAGUGUUGUGUUCAGCACAUAUUUGUCAUUCAUGUUCCUUGUUCAUUACUCAAACCCUGAUAAACUGCUAAAUUGUUUUCUUACUAAGCAGCAGUGAGCAUGAGUGUUUCACAGUUUUUCUUGCUGCAUCUAGGUGAGUAGUCAUUCGUUCUAGUUUUGAAGUGAGAUGUAAUGAGUGUAAGGUGAGAAAGGUGCACAGUAAGCCUGUGUGUUCUCUGGGUUGUCAGGUCUGAUCUUUUCAGAGUAUUCUAAGCACGGUUUUGAAUUAUGAAAGGUAGCUUUUGUUGGCGUCAAUACUUCACUGUACUGUGAAUGUUUAGAACAGUCCAGAAGCUUUCACAUAAUGACCAAGCUAUGAUGAACUUGUUCCUCUCCACUGAGGCUGGUUUUCCUAGCGGUACAGAACAUUUCAGUGAAUAAGUAUAGCAGGGAGUCAGAUCUCCACGAUAGUAAUUACCUCCUUCAGCUCUGAGAUUACUGUAUUUUUCACUGUAAUCUCCGGUUUACGUCUUGUGUCUUCCAGCUUGUGAGAGAGAUCAGGCCAUGAACUUAUACUGAAGUCCAGAUUGAGGUUUUCUGAGAGCAGAAGCUUCGUAUAAUAGUAUUCAGUUCAUGUAUUUCAAUAGAACUGCAGCAACCUUUGCAGGUUUUUUACUACAUAAGAGAACUUAUCUUACAUGGAACUGACGUUGAAGGUCCUCUGGGUCAUUGUUUUUUUUUUUCAGAGCUGUUGUUGAUUUUGCAAACAAUGGCAGUAUCUGGCAGAAGUGCAGCAAUUGUUAGUUCUAAAAGCAGAAUGGACUUCUGCUAGAGGACUUCUUGCUCUGUUCACUGGGCGUUUAUGCAUACAACUUAUUUUUAGAACUAAGACAUUUGAUGUAGUAAGCUUGUUUAGUUCAGCAAGCAUGGAUUCCCUGUCAUUCUUAUAAAUCAGUAUUAGAAUGUCACAAUCAGUGUGAAGAGAUCUAAGAGUUUUUCCCCCCAUUCAUCUCCAAAACACUUGAAGAAGAAAGGCUUUAUUUCAUCAGACAUUUAUUGUUUGCAUAUCUUAUUUGUAAAUGUAGACAGCCUUUCAAAAUUCGAUGUGACCACUCUUUCCUCUUUUUUUUGGAAAUCUGUUUCUGUACAGUGACUGUCUCAUGAGUCUGUGAUAUUCUACUUAAAACUGAGUCAUCUGGUUAGUAAUGAAUGUGCUGAUGAAUCACAGGAGUGUUGAAAUGUGCUUUUAAAGCAGCUAAAUCAAAUUGCUGUUUGAGUUUAAUAAUUUUGUCGUCUUCUUCAUGGCUGAUGGCCAGCUAUCUAUAGAUGCAUCUGUGUCUGCACUUGAACACUGGAAAAGGCAAUGAUUUGAGAUCAUAUGUUGAAGUAAUACCAUACUAAAAGCACGAGUGAAAGUCCAGUGGAGAAGGAGUUGGGGGUUGUGGUGAUGAGAAGUUUGCUGAGAACCAGCAGUGUCCUGGUUCUGGCUGCAAAACAGUUAAUCUUUCUCAUAGCAGUCUGUUUGGUGCUGUGUUUUAGAUUUGGGACCAAAACAAUGCUGGUAACAUAGUAGUGUUUCUGAUGCUGCUGAACAGCGCUUGCACAGCAUUAUGGCCUUCUGUUUCUUACUCUCCUCUGCUGAGAGGAGUCUGGGGGUGUGGGCAAGUGGCUGGGAGGAGGCACAGACAAGACAUCUGACUCUGCCUGACAAGAGAUAGUCCUUACCUUGUAUCCUCAUGUUCCACAGUAGCAUGUGGAAAAGAAUCCAAAGUAACCAUUAGUCAGAGACUGGCUAGAUAUCCCUGUGCUGGUUGAGGAUGGUGUGUGCUUGCCCUUGCAUCAUUUGUGUUACUGUUUUUUUUUCCUCUUCCCUCAUUUACUCUCUACUUUUACACUGACAAGUUGCUUUUGCCUGUUUGGUAUCUCUGCCAUCACAGUGGCAAAGGAGUGACCAACUGGGUGGGGGCUUAACUGCACGCUUUGGUCAACCCACCUUAGUAAGAUAAUAGUUUUCAGACGUAUAAAACUUUCUACAAUCUUGUGCAUGGAAUUAUGAUAUUGCCUUACUUGUAUUCACUUUAAGCUCUUCCAUAAAGAUCUCGCACUAGCAAGUCCAGUAAAUUGAUGUUCAGGUGUCAGAUUUUUCUUAUUUGUUAUUUAAUAGAAUGUUUCUAAUGAUGUGUUCAGAUUUUGACAGCAAAUGUUCUCCCCCAUAUGUUCUCACUCCCUUUUGUUGCUCAGCUGCACGAUGUUUUGUGCCAGUCUUUUAAAGAAAGGACAUGUUACAUGAAGUUAGUUACUCUGCUAGUUCGUGUAAGUCCUCAUGAGACUGUACUUGAAACAGUGCAUUCAAGUCUAAGAUGAAAUCUAAAAAUAUGGUGAACUUGUUGGGGAGAUUAUCACCAGGAUUAUGUUAUUAAAAUCACUAAUUAUUAUAUAAGUCAAACGCAGGAAAGAGGAUUUUGAUUGAAUGUAACAUUUUUUUAUUCACUUAGAGAGGUUGACUCGUUCAGUCACUGUUAAAGCACUGCUUUGCAGCUAAAUGCAUGCUUUAGUUAAAAGUGGUAGCAUUCCAUGUAAACAGAAACAGUAGUUUUAUGUAAAUAUAUACACAAAUUUGAUUAAAAUAUACAAUAUAAUUUAUUUUUGAAGCAAUACUUGCCUUAUUUUUCCAGGUGAAGUUUUUUGAAUUGCCUAUUAUUUUAAUGUGUGACUACAGCUAGUAAAAAAAUAGUGUUAAGGAAAUGCUAUUCCUGCACUUCACAUAAAGCAGCUACUGUCAAGACAAAGUUAGUAUUGCAGUGGAUGCUGUGUGUAAGAAACUAAUUUUUAUUUUUCAGUAGUUCAAUAGUUUAUGUAUUUACUUCAGUGUAGAAUAAGCCACACUUAAAGUAUUUCUUUAAUAUUUCAUAUAAGGGGCUUAAAUUUAGUUAUCUUAGAAGGAAAUAUAAAUAAAAAUAUGAAAUGUAAAAUAGAAAAAUGUGAAUACUUAAUCGUCUUCCCAGUCUUAAUCAGCUGUAGCUUUUCUGAUAUUUAACUGGACUGAAGAUAAGGAAAUGUUUAUGUGCACAUAAAAUAUAAGCAAAUAUCUAUAGCAUUUUGGUUUAUUUGCUAUACAUAUGAAAUAUUGUAAGCUUCUUUUGUGUAAACAGAACUAAAACUAACCACAUAGACUAUGUAGAUUUCUUAAUUAAAAAAAAAAAAAAAACCUACCUCCUUUCAUCCAUUUUUAAUAUCUGAAGAUACAAAAACCUUAGUUUAAACCAGAGAAAUUACAUAGGUGGAACCAAGCACCACGUGGAGUAAGUGCAAUUUUUAUUUAUAUGAAGUUGGUCUGGUUUCUGAUAAGUGGGUGUCCCUGCAGAACCAAGCCUGCCUGUCUCUACCUCAGGAAUGUUUAACUUCUGCAGUUAAUUUAUAAAGCUAAAUAUUAAGCUGUGUUCCUCACUGUGUAGUUGUUUAGAGGAAAACAAACAAAAAAAAGCAGUUCCUUUUUCUUAAACCUACUAUUUCAGGUAGAAGCUGAAGCAAAGGAUCCUUCGGUUACGCAAGUGACAAGAAAUGUUCCCCCUGGAUUAGAUGAAUACAAUCCUUUCUCUGAUUCGAGAACAGCUCCUCCAGGAAAUGUGAAAAUGCCUAAUGUACCCAGUACUCAGCCAGCAAUAAUGAAACCAACAGAAGAACCACCUGCUUACACUCAAAUUGCAAAGGAGCAUGCCUUGGCCCAGGCAGAACUACUAAAGCGUCAAGAAGAAUUGGAAAGAAAAGCUGCUGAACUGGAUCGCAGAGAAAGGGAAAUGCAGAGUCUGAAUCAGCAGGGGGGUAGAAAAAAUAACUGGCCACCUCUUCCUGAGAAUUUUCCAGUGGGUCCAUGUUUCUACCAGGACUUUUCUGUAGACAUUCCUGUAGAAUUCCAGAAGACUGUAAAGAUUAUGUACUACUUGUGGAUGUUCCAUACAGUGACACUGUUUCUUAAUAUCUUUGGAUGUUUGGCCUGGUUUUAUGUUGAUGCUACACGAGGUGUUGAUUUUGGAUUGAGUAUCCUCUGGUUCUUGCUUUUUACACCUUGUUCUUUUGUCUGCUGGUACAGACCACUUUAUGGAGCCUUCAGGAGUGACAGUUCAUUCAGGUUCUUUGUGUUCUUCUUUGUGUAUAUCUGUCAGUUUGCUGUACAUGUACUUCAAGCUGCAGGAUUUCAAAGAUGGGGAAACUGUGGAUGGAUUUCAUCUCUUACUGGUCUUAAUAAGAGUAUUCCUGUUGGCAUUAUGAUGAUCAUCAUAGCUGCACUUUUCACAGCAUCUGCUGUUAUCUCAUUAGUUAUGUUUAAAAAGGUUCACGGUCUCUACCGCACAACUGGUGCUAGUUUUGAGAAAGCACAGCAAGAGUUUGCAACAGGAGUGAUGUCCAACAAAACUGUACAAACUGCUGCAGCCAACGCCGCAUCGACAGCAGCAACCAGUGCAGCUCAGAAUGCAUUCAAGGGUAACCGAAUGUAGAGGAAAUAAAAGAAGUUGUUACGGUUCUCUUUGAUUGUGCUUUAUUUUCAGGUCAUUUAUUCUGUUUCCUAAAAACCUAGAAUAAAAUUAACACAGCAUGUUUGUCUUUUUACAGCUGUGCAUGGGUAAAAUGGGAAAUGUUUGUUUUGAUCUAUUAUAAAUUUAUUUAUUUUGAAAGUAAGUUCUUUGCCCUUCCUUUAAAUGUUGCUAUCUAUAAUGUAAAGCCCUCUGUAUUUUUGGGAGAUAAAUAAUUUCAACAAUUGGCCUCAUAUUAAAUAAUGGUAUUUCAUGAUCAAAUAAAUAUAUUAGGAAUUCAAUAAAUUCUUCAAAAUUUUUUAGGGUAAGUCUUUUGAUAUAAACCUGUAAGUUUGCAUGAAUGCUGUUGAGUUAUCUGAUCAUAUUUAAAUAGUGUUUUGGUCAAGAAUUUACUUGCACCACUUUAUAGCAUUUGUUUGUAUCUAUUUUCAUGAAGUAUUCUCUUCCUGUGAGAAAUGACAAUGAUGCAUAAACAUUCUCUGUAACAGAAUGUGUAAUGCAGUGUACAAGUUAAGGAAGUUAGCUGAUGGUUACAAUCAUAGACAUAAAUGGUUAUAUACUAUGUUUUUUAUUUCUGUAUUUCUUUCUUGAGGUAAUGAUUUUGCUGGAAAAGAACAGAAUAUUGAUGUGUAGUACACUAGUUUCUCGUCUAGCUCUCCUUUUUGACAUGCAGUGGUAUUUAUGUUUUGGGGAUCCUUAGAUUUUUUUUCUUAGUGUAGGUUUGUGUUUAACGGUGGUACUGAAUCUCUAGCCCUGUCAGUCACUCUGUUUACUGCUUGUCCAAAAAUAUAAAUACACAGUAUUUAAUUUUCUUACAAUAAUACUGUUUAAGAUCAAUCUUUUUAAGCAAUGGCAUUUAACAGAUACUUGAAUUCAUUUUAACAUAACUCAGCCAUCUUUGUGAUUUAAGCUGGAAGCAAAAGCUUCCUAUUUUGAACUACAAAAGUGAAAACUAUUCAUCUUUCACAAAGUUAAGUCAUGAGCUGAAGGCCUAGAAGGUUGAACAGGUGCUGUGGAACUGAACAGUCAGUAAUGGGAUGUACCACCAUAAUGUUCUAAAGUUUAAUCAGGUCUUAUAAUAAAGUGAUGGAUUUAUCCUUUGAAGGUUACUUAGAGUUCCUUGAUUUGGCUCAUGAACAUAAUAUUUGGGCUAUUUUUUUUUAAGUUUUGUUUUAGAAAAUGAAAGCAGGACAUCAUCCCAUGACCUGUAGUGUAAUUUUAUUGUAGCUGAAAUUUUUUCAGCUCCUAAUGUGAAUCACUUUUAGCAAGAUUGAGCCAGAGGUUUCUGAGGCCCCUCCAUGCUGACAGAUUAAGUCUUUUUCAUUACAGUGUGUUUAUAAUAACAUAAAGGUUUUAUUUUUUAAUGUUAUUAACUUAAUUCCUUGAUGAGUAUUACCGUUAGCUGUAGUAAUUAGUCUCCUUUCCUUUAUUUUAACUUCUUUAAAUCCAACUGGAAUUUGGAUAAAUGUAGCAGUUUCACCUACGCAGAAGUUAAAUAAUAAUAAUAUACUAUCACCUAAAUAUUCUUUGCAUCACAAAGCAAUUUUAAUGUUCUAUCUGUUAGGGGCUCUAAAAUUUUACAGUAGUGAAUAGGUUAGCAUUGAACUUAAAUUUGUGUGGGAUGUUAAUAAAGGCUUUCCAGACAAGUCUUUAUUUUCUGCUGGGAUCGGGCACUACAAUUCUAGCAGCUGUACAUCAAAAUUGUUCUUUUCAAAAUCUUUUAAAUUUGACUUGGCAGUUCUGUUCAGGAGCUGUACUAUGGAUUAUUUUGAAUCUAAAUUUAAGUAGCUCUCUUGGAUCUCUCUUGGAUUUGAAUUCAAGGGACAUAAUCCUUGCUUUAAGCUGAAGAAUGCAUAACAUACAUUACCUGAAUAUACUGAGGAAAAGAGGUAUAAAACCUGAAUUUGGCAGGCAUAUUUUGCUAAAUGUUUAAAUGUUCAUUGAAAAUGUCCAGUGUGUAUUGGGCGCUGAUUUGUAACAUCCUGGGCUGAAUAUACAGAUCCAGGCCUCGUGAGCGAAAUCCAAGAUGCAGUUACACGUGAGCUUUUAAACCAGAAGUCUGAUGCUUUGCAGCCAAAAAGGAAGGAAGAAGUUAGAGUUUACCUUUGGCAAAAGAAGGCUGAUGUUGGUUAAAAUACUUCUACCCAGAUAAAAUGAGAUUUUAGCCUCUUUUAAUUACCAGAGUAUGGCACCCACUUGUCAUUUUGUAGUAUUGUGACAAAUUGAGUACAGAGUAUGAAGUUUAAACACUGGAAUGUCAGUAGUCAUUGAUACGUAAUAUAGGAGUAUUUAUCAUGGGGAUGUUUGUAUAUUUUGUAAAUUACUAACAAUGCUCUGUCAUCCUGGUGAAUGUCAUGAUUCUCUACAAAUACACUCCUUCUGUCCCUCUGUUGCAUGUCUGAGUUGUUCAGAAGUUUUGUAUAUUUAUUGUAUUAACACAGUGUCACAGAAUAAAAAAAAACAAACCUUUUUUUCCGGGAUUUUUGCUCUGUAUAGUUUUGAACAAAGUAGUUUUUUCUUUCAGAAUUCAGGAUGACAUACAAGGCGGCUGAUCUAUGUAAAAAAUCUCACUUGCUUUUUGUAAUUCUGUAUAUAAAUGCUUUAAUUAUGCUGAAAUGGGAAAGUUGUCCUCUACUGAAAUAAUACAUUAGGAUAAUGAGAAUAGGCAACUCAAGUAUUAUAAGAAACAUUCUCAAAUACUUGCAGCCUGCUUCCUUGUGCUAUAUAGUUAGAGGGUUAAAAUCUAAACAUGUUCUGUCAUUACUGAAUGAAAUUCUGUGGCUGUCCAGGGAAUCCUGAAACAUUAUUGAAAGUAAAGUGAAGUUGCUGAAAACA